AGCAACAACAAGAUGACGAUAUUUCACCUGCAUCGCUCUCACGAAGCUAAGCGGCAGAAGAUACGCGACAAGAUUAUCAAGGCUCACGCAGAGAUCGAAAAGUACCCUGAUGGCUUCCUGAAAGUUUGGCAGCUGUUGACGCUGAAAAUCGACGUUUCGCAGGUCUCUGUGAGCACGAAGGGUAUAAUCAAGUUCAGACCACGCUUCUUUUUGCCCUUGUCCUCACAGACUAUACGCACCUGUCUUUCAACGAAGCUUUCGAACAAAGCAGCCCUCGAUGAGGAAACGCCAAAGUGUCUGGGAUGCCCGGGCUCUCGAGUCAGCAUACUGUCGAUUACACGAUGCCCGUUCAUUCUUGAUCUCUGUCGAGAUAAAUUUGCGACUGCUGUACGGAGAGGCUUCUGCUUGGACAACCUGACCAUCCUUCGAGAGUGUGGUGCAACCAACAAGGGAAAGUGGAAGCAUCAGCCGGGCUUCGAGUUGAUUGACGAAAAGCUUUCCACUGAUCGCUGGCAGAUACUCCGCAUCUUAGAAGACGUCGAGCAUGAGGUACCCCAUGUUGUUUUCGAUAUUCGCCAGAACGUCGAUGUCGAUAAGGUGAAAUCGCUCACUGUGGGUGAGGUGAAGGCUAUCCUGAGAGUGAUGGCAGUCCGUAUGGAAUUGGAUUGCUACCGACAACAUCUGAUAAUGCCAAUCCUGGUUGUGUCGUACCUGAAUUCAACGCAGGGACGAAUCCUGCAAGCGCAUCAUAAUGGCAAACGAGUGGUCAUCCAGCAUACGAAAAUCCUCGAAUUUGAAGGACUCAAGCAUCGGCCAGUUGAACUCUUUCUCCGCUACUACGGCAGCCAGCCUAUAGGGGAAACCGUCAGUAUUUGAUAAGUGCUCAGGGAUUGCCUUGUGGAGGCGUGUGAGGCCAGUCACGCUUCACGUGCAGGGGACAGGAUAACCACUGGACUUGAAAGUAUA